UAAAUCCAUUCUUUAUCAGCAGCAGUUGAAAGGAAAACUUUGGAAAAAUAAAUCUGGUUGGAUAAUGAGAGGUGAAUAUAUAAAAGAGACUGUGUUUUAAAAGUGACAAAAGAAGUGUUGAACAAAAGUGUUUUGUUUUUGCCAAUGCAAGGGCUGUGGGUCCUGAUUUGGAUCCUCAUGAAGGACGCAGCUGACCCAGUUCCAGUCUCAGAAGAACCCAUCAGACUCAGAGACUUUGAUGCCAUAUUUUCUGGCUACAAGACAAUGUAUAUGGGGUACUAUGAAGGUCACCCCUGGGGGCCCAGACCUGAGCACUUCCUCACAGAUCCUACCACCACAAGGCGCAAAACCACCACCACUAGUCCCACAACCACCACAACCACCACAAUCAGGACCACAACCACAACUUGUCCAACAACCACUACUAGGGCCACUACCAAAACUUGUCCCACUACCAAAACUUGUCCCACUACCACAACUUGUCCCACAACCACAACUGAAUCCAAAACAGAUGAAAAUCCAUUAGUCAACUGCACCAGGGUCUUGAUUGACAAGAUCAUAGAAGCAAAGGCAAAUGGAUCAUCCAUGGCACAUUGUCUGGGCUAUGUCAGGGACCCAAAAACUGGUGCCAAUAAGUUGGUGAAUAUCUCUGUGGAAGAUGUGGAUGCAGCAAAAAUGGCAGAGGAUGCAGUGAAAGAGACCUUUUUAACAAGCUUAGUGAACAAAGCCCUGGCUAAGGAAAGGAACCAUGGCAUCCAUCCCAAGCUAGCAAAAUCUUUGCUGCACAUCAAUGAGUUGCUGGAUGAUGAUGAUGAUGAUGAUGAUGUCAAAGGGCUGAAAUUAUUUGCUGAUGAUUAUGAAAAAAAUAAACCAAUAAGGCAUCAUAAUUUCGAAUGGUCCAACGCGGAAGCGAGAGUGACCUUCGUCUCCUUGCUCCUACUACUAUCAUCCCCAUCAAUGCUGAUGUCAAGAGGAUCCAAGGUCAUAUACCUACCAAAUCGCAUUCAAGAGGUCAUGAAAGCCCAAUGUGGAACCACCACAUGCAAGCCAGUCAAGCAAUGCGUCACCACUCCUGCCUGUCCAGCAGAAACAACCUGUCCCAAAACCUGUCCCUCCAUCUGCACCCCAGCCUGCAUCCCAAUUUGCACCACAUGUGCCAAAAACCCUGAAACUACUCAAGCCAUGGGUAUGAUUGUACUGAUGCCUACUGGAGACGGCAAGAAUGCGACCAUGGGGAACACGAUCAAUAUGACCCGUUUUAAGCCUGAAAGAAAUUAUGACAGCCUGCAAUUCAUGCUUAUGACCCUAUGGACGCAGGACUCCAAUAAGCAAACAUUUUCAGAAAAGCUCAGAGACCCCAUGUUUGUCACAAUGUUGUUGCAAGCCCUGGACUCGCCUGGGGGAGAGAAGCUUUUGAAAUUCAUCAAAAUGAAGUUGCAAAAUGAAAGAUUCUCCAAAUUGAUGCAAGAUGCGUUGGAGAGCCAGAAGAACAGGGACUAUAAGUUGCUGAGUGGACUCAUCAACAGGAUAUCAGCAAGACUCAAACUUCCGGGACACCCAGUCAAUCCACUGGACAAGUUGUUUGACAGCCCAAAGAAUAUCUAUCUCCCACAACAAAAGAAGAUUUUCCCUUUUCAAUCCUUGUUCCGAAGGGGUGGACCAAGGAAUGCCACCAAAACGCCGUGAAUUGGGUUUUUUUGGAAGUCUAAAACAAACUAAAAAGUUGCAGCAUGUAUUCCAGUACUUUCAAUCCAGUAAAUGGAAGAAAUUAUUUAAAUUUCCUGUUAAUCCAGAGUCAAUGUUCUUUAUUCCAGAUAAAAUACUUUUGACAAAAUUUGAAAAAGAAAAACAAAUGCUACUAAACAUGAAGGGACAACUGAAGCUGAUCAACCUUUUGGCCCUGAUUUUAACAGUGUACAUCACAUCAACCAAUCAAGCAAAGACCCCCUCAAAAAUGCAGAGAUUCAUUGGAUAUAUACCUCUACACAACAACAAAAUGCUUCAGAAACGAUUCAAAGGAUAUACACAUCUAUUCAAGAAAAAAAUGCGUCAGAGCCGUUCCAGGACUAGAAAUCAAGGCUAUUAUGCAGCUCCAGGACCAAAAACUAAGACUGGAAUGGACAGAUUCAUGGAACUGAUGCUCCAGGUCAAGGGAAAUGAUCCACUCCCCAUGAUGAACAUGGAUGGUUCAGGAAUGAAUACAAAUAUGAAUGACUUUUUGGGCAUAGGCCUGCCAUCUUCUGGCGACACAAUGAACCAAAACACCUUGGCAAAUUUGAUGGCAAAUCAGAUCAUAGAGAAAACUAUGACACAUGACAUGUCCAACCACUUGAUGACUCAUAAUCUGCAGGAUCCAGACACUGGAGGUCAAGUGGGGCAUCUCCAGAAUUUAAUGAAGUUGUUCCAGGAUAAACAAUUGGAGAAAAUGGUCUCCAACUUGCUGGACAACCUUUUGGCAGCAAAAUUUUAUGAAAAGCAGUUGCAUCAGCAAAUACCUCUGCAACACAGCAGUUAUUCUGAUAAAAACGAUCAUCCAAAGAACCGCCAAAUUCCAGCUCCACAACAACAAUCAUCACCAGCUCAUCUUCACAAUUACAUGGACCCUCUUGUGGAAUAUCCUCGCAUGCUGUCCCCAGCAUUGAAUCUGCCAAGAACUAAAAAUCUUCAUUUUGCUCAUCCUGCUGAAUCAACAAAUUUAGGAAAGCCUACAUUUCAUGAUGGUGAUGCAGUGAUAAACCAAUUCAUGAGUCCAAUCCGGGAUCCAUCCAUAGAUAAAUACCAUCCAACCACAAAGUACUACAAACCAAUUCUGCCAAUAAGAAACAAUGAAGUUCUAAAGCCUCUUCAAGACUUGAACUUUUCCAAGUGGCUGGGAAUAAGCAGACCUGUCAACCCAUUCAAGCCACAAAGGCCCUCCAAGUAUUUUGGAAUCCAUGACAAGAAACCAAACUUUGGAGAAACUCAACCAUUUGAACUUGAAUUUUAAAAUUUUUUCACAGGAGCUAAAAAAAAGAAGAGGAUUGGUGAAAAAAAGGAAUCAGAGGAUGAAAUAGACUCCUGCACAUUAA